GUUCAGAUUGCAACUGUAACCGUGAUGGCAAAUACGACCUUUAUUUAUAUUUUGUAAAAUUCUGUAAAUAUUAUUUUGUUAAUCGGUUGAAGUAGGUAUAAUGGCUAAUCCUUUAUUACCUAAACAUUUGCAAACAGUUGUAAAAUCACAUGCCGAGAAAGUGUGCAGUUUAUAUAAAAGAGCUCUGAGGAAUGAAUUGUCGACCUAUGAUGACAGAUGGUUAUACCGUUAUCAUGCAACACUUCUAAGAGCAAGAUUUGAUAAACAUAAAGAUGAAAAAGACUUAAGGAAAGCUAAAAUACUUUUGGAAGAAGGAGAAAAAGAACUUUAUGACAAUUUGCACUACCAGCCUCGAAAAUUUUCUUAUUCACCUGGAGGUAUAAAUUAUGGAAGAAGUGUAACAAUUCCAGAUUGGGUAUUGGAUUUCUGGCAUCCAUUGGAGAAAGCUCGAUAUCCGGAGUACUUUGCUCGCAGAGAAUUAAGGAAACAGCAAUAUAUUGAACGCUGGGAAAAGAAAUAUGGAAAACCUAUAGAACACGAAGACCAUUAAGAAGUUCUUUAAGUAAAGGUUCUGUGGAUGUUAGAAAAUUUUGUUUCAAGGAAGAAGAAAUCUUCAAUGUAUUUAAUAUGAGCAGAUUGUAUGAAUAAAAACAUUACCGUAGUGA